AUGGGCAAAAAGUACUAUUGUUAUGUAGCAUUCCCUGAAUCCUCACAUCGUCAUUCAACGCCGUAUACUUCUUCCUACGGUUAUUCAACGUCUUAUCGGACGCCUACCGGACGACCGUAUCGAAAUAUUGAGGUCGAGCGAGAGCCCCGUCGUCCUGAAGAUAGGACAUACACCCGUCGCAGUUACACUUACCCCUCUCGAGCCAGUAGCUCCUACUAUCCUUCUCCUCAGGGUUACAGCAGUCACUCACAGCCUUACCCUUCGGGAGGUAACAGCUAUCACUCGCGACCGGGCGAUUACUCCAAUUCGACUUAUAGGGGUCCGCCACCCACUUACCAGAGUCAACCAUCUGCAAAUCCUGAUGGGAUCCGAACAUAUACGGCAUCCGAGCUGAGAGAGUUGAAUCUCAAUGCCCCACGUAAUGUGUGGGACAGGGUACCCUCAGGGUAUGGACUAUCAAGCUAUAAUGAAGAUCGUUCAAGAAAUGAAGGGAACUUCAUCUUCAGAUCGCAGAAUAGCCGAAGAGAAAUGUCAAUACCUGUGACUUAUAACGGAGAACGACUGUCCGAAAGGCUUUGA